CUACAACCUCUCCGGCCCUCUCUCUUCCGUGCUCCCUCUUCAUCAGCUCUCACGCAGCGUUCCCUCCUCAAUCCCCUCCCUUCCUCCUCCGCUCUCACUCUCCCGCAGCGCACCUUCUUCAGCCCUCCCUCCUCAUUUCCCGUCCCUCGACGAUUCCUAAUCACCACCCCUCCCACUGUUACGUGCUCUUACUGCCCGUCGUCACUGCUUCGGAGGCGUUAAUUACCGCCUUGCCGGCGCCCAAGUUUUGCUUCCUGCCUGUGAAAGCUUGGCAACUCAGACACUCCUCGAUCUCCGCCAACACUGUGGGACAUUUCUCGCUCAGUUUGUCCGCUCGCACGGAAGCCGGUGAUUUACAUCAAACCAUUUGCUCCGUCUCUGGGCUCUCGGGAAUCCUCUGGAGCUUGAGAGGACCUUAGUCCCUGGAAAUCAUGUUACUCCCGGUGAUGGUCUGCUUCUGUGUGGCCCCGCUGCCCCUCGUUGGGUUUAAUGUAGAGACCGAGCAGCCGGUGACGUUCUCCGUGGACGAUCCGUCACAGUUCGGCUACAGCCUCACCCUCUUCAGGGGUAACUCAAAUAACUGGAUCCUGGUGGGUGCGCCUCACUCAGAGGACGUGAAGAAAGUGCAGACGGGAGCCGUGUACAAGUGUCGGUACGGAGACAGAAGAUGUCAAAAACUCGACCUUGACGCUCCAAAAGGAACAAAUAAUCUCGGACUUUCGAUGACAGCAGGUGAUAAUUCUGGCCUUGUCUGUGCCCCACGGUUCACCUAUGAAUGUUACACAAACACUUAUAUCAAUGGAUUCUGCUACACCGUCGAUCGCACACUGACCUCAUUUUCAAGGAUUCCUCGGGAACUUCCAGAAUGCCCCAGGGUCCUGAUCGACAUGGCGUUCCUGAUUGAUGGAUCCGGCAGUGUGAAAAAUCAUGAUUUCUGGAGAAUGAAGGAGUUUGUGAAGGCCAUAAUGCAGAAGUUCAAAAACCAGGACACUCAGAUCGCAGUGGUUCAGUUCAGCAGCUACGUACGAACGGAGUUUAAUUUUAACGAAUACAGCAAUACUCCAGACAAAGAAAGGCUUAUGAAUCAAAUUCAUCAGCAACAUGGGGGAACCAACACACCAGUUGGAAUUAAAUAUGUGGCUGACGAAAUCUUCGCACCAGUCUCUGGCGCAAGGGACUCGGCAAAACGAAUACUAAUCACCAUCACCGACGGGGAGUCACAAAACAGAUACUUUAACCCAGCCAUCAACGCCGCAGAUCGAAAAAAUAUUAUCCGUUAUGCCAUCGGGGUGGGGGGAGCGUUCAACAACGAUCGAGCGAAGCAGGAGAUCGAGACGAUCGCUUCACGGAAGGAAAAUGUUUUCCAAGUCACUGACUUUCAAGCUCUGGACAGCAUCAGGAAUCAACUGCAGGAAAAGAUAUUUGCAAUUGAAGGGACGAAUAGGAAGGGGGUCAGCUCGUUCCAAUUGGAGAUGGCUCAGGAAGGACUUAGUUCAUUGGUGACGUCCAACGCUUUCGUUCUUGGGGCGGCUGGAGCGUACGACUGGUCGGGAGGGUUGUUUCAGAUCCGUUUGGACAACAAGGUCUUCAUCAACGAGACCCAGGACCAGGAGGACAUGAAAAAUUCCUAUCUGGGAUACAGCAUGAGGGAGGCAAAGAGCUCGUCUGGAACGUUUUACGUAGUGGGAGCCCCUCGCUACAGACACCGGGGCCUGGUCCUGGUCUACCGUCAGGAGUGGAGAGGAUCGAGACACGUAGAGAGAAUCGUGUCGGAGCAGAUCGGGUCGUACUUUGGCGCGGAACUGUGCCUGGUGGAUCUGAUGGGAGAAGGAUUGACGGACCUGGUGCUGGUGGGCGCCCCCCUGCACAGGGGACAGGACACUGGGGGGAUGGUACUUGUCUACAAGUUUCUAGAGGGCAAGUUGGACCCUCAAAUCCGCUUGACUGGUAGCCGGGGGGAGCCUCUGUCCCGGUUCGGGGCGGCGAUUGCCCAGCUGGGCGACCUGAACGGGGACCAGUUGUCGGACGUGGGGGUCGGUGCUCCCCUAGAAGACGAGAAGAGCGGUGGCAUCUAUAUCUAUCACGGGACGAACACUGGUCUGAACCCGGUUCCUGCACAGCACAUCCGCGCGUCUGCCGUGCAUACCGGCCUCCAGUACUUCGGCCGCGCCAUCCACGGCGCCCUGGAUCUCAGCAACGACGGUCUGGCGGACAUUGCGGUGGGCGCCUUGAACAAGGUCUUCGUCUUUCGGUCACGCCCAGUCGUGGAAGUCCAAGUGCAGAUCAUCUUCACCCCGGCCAAGAUCAAGUUAAAGGACGUUGACUGCCCGGACAAUGCUCCAGCAAAACCCAUCGUGCAAGUGAAAAUGUGUUUCACCCUGAAAGAACUCACCAAGAAACUAUCAAAGAAACCAGUCUUUAAUCUGUUCACCAAGAUGGUGCUGGAUCCCAGUCGCAGGGUGCGCAGGGCUGAGAUCACAAAGCUCCCGAACCAGAACUUCACCCUCUCCCAGAAAGAGUGCUUGCCGUCCAUGAUUGAGAUUCAGCUGGAGAACUGUAUCCAAGACAACUUCAACCCCAUUGUUUUGGAGGUAGCUUACAAAGCUGAGGGCCUUAGAUUGGACUCCCCACCCAUACCAGCAGCUAUCCUCAGUACCGGCAACACGGGGACCUGGAUCGGCAAGUUACCGUUUGAAAAGGAGUGUGGGACCGACAACAUAUGUACCGACAAACUGAAGGUGGACUUCACCCUUUCCGGGACGCAGUACCUCGUGGUGGGCAGUCACAUCACCCUCACUCUCGACGUCACGCUGAAGAACACUGAGGAGGACUCCUACUUCACCAUGGUCACCUUCCUGAUACCGCUUGGGAUCUCCUUCAGGAAGGCCAUGAUCAUCCAGUCCAGCCGCCGUUCAACCGUCAAGUGUGAUGACGCCAAGGAGGAACCCACCUCGCGUUUCCGAAGUGUGCCCUGCCAGGUCAGCCAUCCCAUCUUCCGGACCAACAGCAUGAUGAAGUUCAACGCCACCUUCGACGUAAAUGCCAAGGCCACGUGGGAGGAUACAGUGACAAUCAGCGCCAACGCUACCAGUGAUAAUGAAAAUCGUAUCACAACAGAAAGCUUCAAGACGAUGAGAGUUGGUGUGAAAUACGAGGUCAACGUGAUCAUCAAGGGCAUUCAGUCCACUCAGUACAUUAACUUCACCACCAGCAGAGCGGACUCCAAGGCCGUAUCUCACGCUUAUAGGGUGGAGAACAUUGAUCAACGGAGUCUCCCCGUGAACAUCAGCCUCUUAAUCCCCGUGAGAAUCAGGGACGGUCUGAGCUGGGAGAAUGUGCAAGUGAACACGCCGUCGCAUGGAGCCAAAAUUUGCCAUCAGCUGGUCUGGACACCCGACAGGACACAGAGGACUGGACAGAAGUGCAAUAACACUGUUUGUGACUUAUUCCUCUGCACCAUCCAACUACUGAGAUACAAGGAGCGUCCCGUCUUCAACAUCACCGGCAACAUCACCUGGAAAAACCCCGCAAAGGUUAAACCACAGGAAAUCGGAAUGGUCAGUUUCGCCGUGGUCAGUUACGACGAAAGCAAAUAUAUUCACGUCUCGCAGGCCACAACUCGCUUCAAGACUGCAUCGGUCACUACCAGAGUGGAGAUCCUGAAGGAGGUCAACCCGGUGCCCCUGAUCGUGGGAAGCUCAGUGGGCGGGCUGGUCCUGCUGCUCGUCGUCGCCGGCAUCCUAUACAAGGUUGGCUUCUUCCGAAGGGAUUUAAAGGAGAAGCUGGAGGCGGCCACAGAGGAUGAGGCGGGCAGCGGCGACCCCCAGGGGUGAAGAGCCAGAGGUUGAGGGGUCCCGGCAACUUACCCCCACCCUGAACACCCAUGUCUCCACUCCCCCGCUCACAUAGAAAGUUCCGGGAUCAGACUGUGCAUCCUUGCUCCCCUUGCACACCCAAUCGACCCCUCUGCCUCUUCCCACCUCCCACUUGUGGGCAGGGCUCCUGUUCUUGGAGGGUCGGAGGGACGCGAGGGAUCCCCCCUCCCCACUCCACAGACCCCUCAUACCAAUUCACCCCUUCCACUCCACUCCCUUACAUCCUUUUCCUAAAUCAUUUCACUUUCUAAAUCUCCUUUUAAAACUACUCAAUCUGAAAACCCAUUUAAAAACUAAUAUUUUUUAUUAAAUACUCAGGACGUCUUCUUUUAAACCACUCAUGCAUCCUCUAUUAAAAUCUCUCACUCUGUAAACCAAACUCUCAUCCAAAACCACUUUCAAAUCGCCCUUGCUUUCUAAACUCAAAUUUCUUUCAAUCUCUGAAUGCUGAGAUAAAAUCUCUAAUUCCCUGAAUUGUCCUUUAAAACCAGUUACACCCCAAACACAGGACCCAAUGACAUCAGAACAGAAUUACAAAGAAGAGAAAAUCUGCAGAUGCUGGAAAUCCAAAGAAAAGCACACAAAAUGCUGGAGGAACUCAGCAGGCCAGGCAGCACCCAUGGAAACCAGUGGGUGUUUCAGGCCAAGACCCUUCAUCUGGAGUGGCAAAAAAAGAUGAGUGGUCAGAGCAAGAAGGUCGGGAGAGGGGAGGAGAAAUACGAGGUGAAACCUGGAGAGGUGGAGUGAAGAAAAGAGCUGGGAAGCUGGUAGGUGAAAGAGAUAAGAGGACGGAGAAAGGGAAUCCGAUCGGAGAGGAUUAAGGCCAUGGAAGAAAGGGAAGGGGGUGCAACACGAGAGGGAGAUGACAGGCAGGUAAGGACGCAAGGUGAGAGAGGGAAAAGGGAACGGGGAAUGUUGAAAGGGGGAGGCAGUACCGGAAGUUCAUGAAAUCAAUGUUCAUGCCAUCAGGUUAGAGGCUACCCAGACGGAAUAUGAGGUGUUGCUCCUCCAACCUGAGUGUGGCCUCAUCGCGACAGUGGAGGAGACCGUGGACUGACGUGUCGGAAUGGGAAUGGGAAGUGGGUGGCCACUGGGAGAUCCCACUCUUUUUUGGCGAACGUAGCACAGGUGCUCAGCUCAGUCUACACUGGGGCUCACGGAUAGACAAGAGGCCACACUGGGAGCGCUGGUGGAGUAGGGGUUAGGGUGAAGGGUCAUCUCACCUGGAAGGACUGUUUGGGGCCCUGAAUGGUAGUGAGGGAGGAGGUGGAGGAGCACUUGUUCAGCUUGCAAGGAUAAGUGCCAGGAGAGACAAAUGGACAAGGGAGUCGUGUAGAGAGUGAUCCCUGUGAAAAGCAGAGGGGGGAGGGACAGAUGUGCUUGGUGUUACGAUCCAGUUGGAGAUGGCAGAAGUUACGGAGAAUUAUGUGCUUUACGCAGAGGCUGGUGGGGUGGCAGGUGCGGAUAAGAGGAACCCUAUCCCUGGUGGGGUGGCAGGUGCGGAUAAGAGGAACCCUGUCCCUGGUGGGGUGGCAGGUGCGGACAAGAGGAACCCUGUCCCUGGUGGGGUGGCAGGUGCGGAUAAGAGGAACCCUAUCCCUGGUGGGGUGGCAGGUGCGGAUAAGAGGAACCCUGUCCCUGGUGGGGUGGCAGGUGCGGACAAGAGGAACCCUAUCCCUGGUGGGGUGGCAGGUGCGGACAAGAGGAACCCUGUCCCUGGUGGGGUGGCAGGUGCGGAUAAGAGGAACCCUGUCCCUGGUGGGGUGGCAGGUGCGGACAAGAGGAACCCUGUCCCUGGUGGGGUGGCAGGUGCGGAUAAGAGGAACCCUGUCCCUGGUGGGGUGGCAGGUGCGGAUAAGAGGAACCCUGUCCCUGGUGGGGUGGCAGGUGCGGAUAAGAGGAACCCUGUCCCUGGUGGGGUGGCAGGUGCGGAUAAGAGGAACCCUGUCCCUGGUGGGGUGGCAGGAGGAGGAGUAAGACCAGACGUGCAUGAAAUGCAAGAGAUGUAUGUGAGGGCACCAUUGACGGUGGAGUGAGGGAAUUCCCUUUUUUUGAAGGGGACGGUCAUCUCCUUAGUUCUGGAAUGAAAAGCCUCACCCUGAGAGGAGCUGCGGCAGAGACAAUGGAGUUGAGAGAAGGGGGUGGCAUUUUUAGCCAGCAGAAUUAGGCCAAUCAGCCUGUCGAGUUCGCUCCACCAUUUGAUCAUGGCCGAUUCAUUAUUGCUCUCAACCCCAUUCUCCUGCCUCCUGUCAGUAACCUCAGACACCCUUACUAAUUAAGAACUUAUCAACAUCUGCUUUAAACAUACCAAAUGACUUGGCACCUACAGCAGAAUGUGGCACUGAAUUCCACAGAUUUUCCACCCUCAUUCCCCCUCAUCUCUGUUCUAAACCUUUUAAAACUACUUUGCUUCCACCAUAAAAAUGCUUCUCUCUCCUUAAAUCCCCCUUUACAACCACUUGUUCCCCAAAUCCUCUUUUGAAGCUUCUAAAUCCUCUUAAAAUUCCUUCCUGCUCCCAAAACCUCUUUAGAUGCCUCUCUCUCUCACCAAAUUCUCCUUAAAGCUUCCCUCACCGCUCCCAUCCCUUUCUAAAGCUUUUCUGUUUCUCAGUCUCCGAACCUCCUAAAGAGGAGGGCCCAUUCCCUUACCCCCCCGACCCUCCUUGUUCCAAAAACCCCUCUAUCACUCUCCAGUCUCCCUGCAAGUUACCCCACAUCCCCGGACCUGCUCUGAAGCUUCUCGUUCUGCAGGAUAUUGACAAAGAAGGACUCGCUACUCGGCUACCUUUUCAGACAAAAGUCCCAGACUGGGGCUUGCAACCCAAAAAUUCCAGACGUAGGCUGGAAGAAGUAUUGACACCUUCUCAGUGGAACUCAUGGCUAUCUCUGCCUUCUGUCCCCCUAAGGAAAUCUCCUCAGGGUUGAGAAACAUCUAGCUCCUCUCACCAGCACCCGUCCCUCUUGCCCUGUUAGAUUUUCCUAUGUCAACAGUCACACUGCAGCCCUGACCUCCAGGUACAAGCUAGCCUCGUGGUUACGAUGACUGGUACCUAUAAGAUUGAGAGGAAGGAAAUGCACAACCCACACCCACCAAGGGACAAGAGAUUUGGGCUGCAAUGCCUCCUAUAGUUCAGGAGGUUCAGUCUGCAACAUCCGGUAGGAGGAACCCAUGCCCACCACAGGACAUGAGGCUGGUCACUUUGCUCCCUAAAGGACAGGAGGGCUGCACCACGGCACACCCAAGGGAUGGGUAGAGGGAACUGCACAACCUUCCUGAAUCUUUGCCAGGGCAGGAAAAUGCAACAAAGCGGAGAAGCAUUCUUUAUAAAGGUACAUUUUUAUUAGCAGACCAACUAUUUGGGAGUUUGUGAAUUAUAUACAAUGAUUGUUUGGCACAGACAAAUGUAUAAUAAUAAAAGUAUUUUAAAAAAACAGAGAAUUAAGGCAGCGUCUUGUCCCAAAGCAUUCAUGGUCCCUCUACCCCCAGUGCCAAUGCCACCCCAAAACCCACAGACUCUGCUCAAACUGCUCCUGGGGACAAAGGGGAUGAGGAAGGAAGAAGGCGGGAUGAGGAGGGAAGGA